AUGUUGGUUUCCUUGACUGUUGGUAAGGUCGAUGCGGGUGUCGCAGUCCUGCUCACCCAGGACAAGCGGUUGAUCGAGUUUCCUUCCAUCCUUCUGCCCUCUACCAUCACAUCGGGCUCGAUUGUGGACAUCGAGGUCAAACAAAACCACGAAGCAGAGCGGAAAUCACAGGCCGCUUUCGCUGCGCUACAGAGGCAAAUAUUAAACACCUAUGGUCUUCAUGUCCCCGCGACACCUCUCUUGCGCCUACGCAAUGCCACGCAAACCUCCCUCGUUCUCGAAUGGGAUCCCAUUCAGUUGGCAACAACGACCCUUCGUUCACUUGCCCUGUACCGCAACGGCAGCAAGGCGGGAAACAUACCACGCCCUCUAGAGACGCUCAGCACGAAAAUGAGCGGGCUUGCGAUCGACACGGAGUACUCGUUCUAUUUGGUGCUCAAGACCAGUGGCGGCAUAUAUACGAGCAAUACUCUCGCUGUCAAGACUCACGCUAUGAAUAACCUGACGGGUAUAACUGUUACCCCAGGGAUACUCCCUCCACAGCUGAGAGAAAGCCUCGAAGCAGCGAUCUCACGGAUCGGCGCAAGGAUCAAUGACACAGUCAAGAUCGACACUACCCAUUUCGUCUGCACAGAAGGCCGGGGUCGUGACUGGGAAAGAGCAAAUGAGAUGAACAUCCCUGUCGUCAGACCUGAGUGGGUGGAAGGAUGUGAAAGAGAAGGCAAGAUUAUCGGAGUUCGUGGAUAUUAUCUGGAUGCGGAUCCCAAACAAAGACAGAUCGGGUCGAAUCCAAGUCUUUCAGCGCCAGCAGGUCGACCCUCUACCACCACUGCGCCAGCUCCGCCAGCCCCUCAACAGGCCAAUGUGCCGCAACGGCCCAAGGAACAAUCGCCACAAAGCCCUGAUCGAGAUAGUACCGUGAGCGGCGAACCGGGUCCUGAAGUUUUGCCUACUCCACCCCCUCAGAAAGAUCUGCCGCCGACGCCUGCCGAGGGUGGCGAAGACGAAAGCGAAGACGAAGAGGCGGAAGAGGAGGAAGAAGGACCUACAGCUGUCGAACCGAAGGGCAAAGGCAGAGCCCCAGAUGUUGAGUCAGAUCAGGAAGAGGAUGAGGACGACGAGGAGGAAUCAGGUGGUCCUCAGCAGCUGUCUCAAGCUGAAGGCAAAGGGGCCGAAAUGGAGGAUGUUGCAUUGUGA